AUGGCGGAAUCACACAUGAAAUCUCCGCACCUGUCGUGUGUGUUUUUGUUGCUGCUCGCCACAUUGGCCUUCACCACCGGCGAACGCCAGCCGCGCACGGUGCCAGCGAGCAGCCACCAAAGUGAGGCGUCGUCCGUGGUCGAUGGCGACGCCGUCACCAUCAAGACCGACAUUGUGCCGCCCGAUGAGAGGAAUAAUUGCCCGACGGGCUACUUCCACUGCAAUUCGACGGAUCAGUGUGUGCCGCAGCGCGCCAAUUGCGAUGGCAGUGUUGAUUGCGAUGAUGGGUCCGACGAGUGGAACUGUGAUAACGAGGUGGAUGCCAAAUUUUGGGAUCAUCUUUUUCGCAAGCAGCCAUUCGGGCGACACGACGAAAUUCCAAUUGGCAAGUGUUUUUGGACCAAUGAGACUUUCAGCUGUCCCUGUCGUGGAGAUGAAAUUUUGUGCCGCUUCCAUCAGUUAACAACACUGCCAUCCCAUUUGCCAGCCGACAAUCUGGCAAUGCUCGAUCUCACAGGCAACAGUUUUGAAGUAAUCCAUGAAAGUUUUUUUAAUACGCUGCCCAACGUGGAGAGUCUCGUGCUGAAAUUUUGCUCAAUCAGAGAAAUCGCCUCGCACUCCUUCGAUCGUUUGGCCGCCAUGCCGCUGAAAACUCUCUAUUUGGAUGACAAUAAAUUGUCUCGGCUGCCGGCACAUUUCUUUGCCAAGGGCAAUCAAUUGCGAAUUCUACUUUUGGCACGCAAUCGUUUGCAUACCUUAAACAGCAGCGAUUUUCAAUAUUUACGGAAUCUGGAGGAGCUCGAUCUGCGAGGAAACCGAAUCGCUCACUUCGAAGCGCACGUCUUCGAUAUGCUGCACAACCUGGAAGUGCUCUACCUGAACGAGAACCGCCUGCAGCGUCUGCAUCCGGGCAUGUUUCCCAACACCCUAACGCAUUUGCACACAUUGUCGUUGGCCCACAACCAAAUAGCUGACAUUGCCAGCAAUACGUUCACAUUUCCGCGUCUCCGACAUUUAUUUUUGGCCGGCAAUCAGUUGGCUUACAUACGCGACGGCACAUUUUGCAAUCUCAGCUAUCUACAAGGACUGCAAUUGAACGAGAACCGAAUCAUGAAAUUCGAUUUGCAUGCCUUCGACUGCUUAGAGAGCCUCAGUUCGUUGCAGUUAACUGGCAAUCGCUUUAAGACGCUCGACUCCCGAGUGCUGCAGAAUCUGAGUAGCCUGCAUUAUAUCUAUUUCUCCUGGUUCCAUUUGUGCCGAGCCGCGAUGCAUGUGCGUGUCUGUGAGCCCCAUGGAGAUGGCAUUAGCAGCACUUACCAUUUACUGGAUAAUCAAAUACUGCGGGGCAGUGUUUGGGUCAUGGCCUCUAUAGCCGUCGUGGGUAAUAUGCUGGUGCUGCUCGGCCGAUAUUUUUACAAGUCGCGCCGCAAUGUGGAGCACUCACUCUAUCUGCGCCAUCUGGCCGCCAGUGACUUUCUCAUGGGCAUCUAUCUGACACUUAUUGCCUGUGCGGACAUCAGCUUUCGCGGCAAGUACAUUGUACACGAGGAGGCGUGGCGCCACAGCAGCCUCUGCGCCUUUGCAGGCUUCCUGAGCACCUUCAGCUGCCAAUCGUCCACACUGCUGCUCACAUUGGUCACCUGGGAUCGAUUGAUGUCGGUGACACGGCCACUACAGCCACGCGACACUGAGAAGUUCAGGAUUGUGCUGCGCUUGUUGCUGCUAUGGGGCAUCAGUUUCACAUUGGCGGCGGCGCCUCUGCUACCGAACUCCUACUUUGGUGCACAUUUCUAUGGAAACAAUGGCGUCUGUCUGUCCUUGCACAUACACGAUCCCUACGCAAUGGGCUGGGAGUACUCGGCACUGCUGUUUAUUUGUAUCAACACCUUCUCGUUGAUCUUUAUACUCUACUCGUAUGUGCGGAUGUUGCAGGCCAUACGCGACUCCGGCGGAGGCAUGCGAAGCACUCACAGCGGACGCGAGAAUGUAGUAGCCACUCGGUUUGUCAUCAUUGUGACCACUGAUUGCGCCUGCUGGCUGCCCAUCAUUGUGGUCAAGUUAGCUGCCUUGUCAGGUUGUGUCAUAUCGCCCGAUUUGUAUGCCUGGCUGGCCGUGCUGGUACUGCCCGUUAACUCAGCGCUGAAUCCGGUGCUCUACACGCUCACAACAGCGGCAUUCAAACAGCAGCUGCGCCGAUACUGCCACACUCUGCCCAGCUGCUCUCUGGUCAACAACGAAACGCGAUCCCAGACACAGACCGCGUACGAGUCCGGUCUGAGUGUGAGUUUGGCGCAUUUUGGAGGUGGCGGCUCCGGACGGAAACAGUUGUCGCAUCGCCACAUGAGUUACCUGUGAAUGGGGACUAGACUGAGCGCUGUUAUGGACUAAGUAGUAUGUGGGCUUUGGCAUAGGCUUCCAUGUGAUUUUAAAACGUAUAC